CCCUAUAUAUGUCUACCCUUUCACUCCAUUUCUUCAAUCAAAACCAAAAACUACAUAUCUGCUAGUAUUUCCUUCUAAUACAUAGUGAGUUACACUAUUAUCAACUUGAGGUUGUGAAGAAUAUUAAGAGUGUGUCACAUCACUUUUACUACAUUUACUUGCAAGAAAUCGAUGAUGAGUUCAAGUAGGAGAGCAUGGACUGUGGCGAUUAGUGUUGGAGUUGUGGAGACCUUGAAGGACCAAGGCCUCUGCAGAUGGAAUUCGGCUUUCAAGUCAGCUCAACAAAGUGUGAAAAGCCAUCUUAGAUCUUUGUCACAGGCAAAGAAGCUCUCUUCUUCAUCUUCUGCUAUGCUUUCUAGCACACUGCAGCAUGGAGAGAAGGCCAAGCAUUCAGAAGAAUCCUUGAGGACCGUCAUGUACUUAAGUUGCUGGGGUCCCAACUGAAGGAAGAGAAACACAAUGGAGAAAAAACAGACCUGUUUUUUGAAUCUAGACCAUGAAGAAAUUGUGCCUAGAGAAUGAGAUUCUCCUUUCCUUUUUGGCUUGUAUCCUUUCAUGUAUAUUACUAUUAUUAUUGUAAUUAUUUGUUCAUUGUGACAAAUUGGUGUAAUCACUAAUCAUGAUGAAUAUUAACUCACAGUCAAAUUUCAACUA